UUUGUGCAUUUUUUUCGUUCGAUAUGAACUUACUUCAUUCCGUACUUAAACAGUACACGGUCUACAAUACGUGUGUGUGUGUGUGUGUGUUGUGUAUAGAGUAUUGAACAAAAUUUGAUUCGUGAGUGCGAUGCGUCAUUUGUCGGAUGAAUUCAUUGAUUGAGAAAAGUGCAAUUAAUGUGAAAAUGGAUAGAAGUGGAAACGAAAAACAACAGAAGGAAAAGAUGGCGAAGUCUAACGAAAGUUGUAUCGACACCAUGGCGGAACCAGUCAGUGUAAUGCCUGAAAAAUGGGUUAACACCGCAACGAGCGAAACUUUUUAUUACGUUGGUGUAAGAGGAUCGCCGUAUGCAACUGAAUCAUCUGUUUUUGAAUUAUCUCCGGACGAACUCUUGGCACUUACUAAACGUUUUCAAAGCUCUGCUUCGACGGUGGUCAAUGGCGCUCUAAUCAAAGGACGACCCUUUUCGGUUAUUAAUGCUCUAGCCGAAUUAGGCUAUCGAGUUAUUUGUAGUACCGGAGAAGCUGAAAUUCUUUGGACGCUGCAACGGGAGGUUUAAUUUUUCUAAAGUAUUGUAUUUGUAGUAAAGAAUAUGCACAUAUAUAAAGAUAUACACCAGUAGUUUGUGCGUAAUAUAUAAUAUUAAUCUGCGCAAUCAUCAAAGAGGAUCCUAGAACAAUUAUCUAUUCUUUAUUUUAUGGACUAAUGGAUGAUCGUUCGCUUUUUAUUUUUUACGUUUGCCGAUUAUUAGUCUCUAACAAUUUAUCAUUAUAAGCGUUAAAUAAUAAAUGCGUACGGACCAAAUAUAACGAAUCGUUAUUUGUAAAAAAUACAUUCGAUUAGUAACUAUUUUUUAGUAACUACUUUAGUAAUUAUUUUAUUGGAUUAUACAAGGAUAGAUACUUUUUAUACAUUUUCUUAUGAAAAGAAAGAAAAAAAAAACUGCAGAGUUUAGCAUAUUUUCAUAAUUCGCUAAAUAUACAGAAUGGAAUUGUUAAACGACUGUACAACGAUGCCUAUGUAUGAUAUUACAACGUAAAAAGAAUAUUAUGUAGUUUUUUAGGCACGUUAAAUUGAACCCAACA